AUGGCUCUGCCCGCCAUGAAGACUGCAAUGAAAAAGGACUCAAAGAAAGGUCAUGCGAUGAAGGCAAAGCGCGUGACUCAAGUUGCGCGGGGAAGGCUCGCCAAAUCGAUGGUCUUCAGCGGCAAGAAGGCAAAGACGAGUGGCGGUCUGACAAAGGACCUGCUCAUGUCAAACGCCAAGGGCAAAAUCGUCUCGAAGAGGCAGUCUGCCCAUGGAAAGAAGAGUUUCAAGCAUAUUGAGGGCUGGGUCGAGGCAGUGAUGGAGGCCUGGUUGGGUAUCCACUGGCAAGCUGCAACUCAGCAACUCCCAGAGUCUGUCAGCUGA